CCCCACCACUGCAUAACUAAAAUGUCCCUCGGUCGCAUUCUCAAGCUCAACAACGGCCUUCCGUUCCCCCAGAUCGGCUUCGGCACCUGGCAGGCCAAGCCCGGAGAGGUCGAGCGCGCCGUCACGGAGGCUCUCAAGGCUGGGUACAGGCAUGUCGAUGCUGCACUUAUCUACGGCAACUCGCUGACGGUCUCAGGCAACCAGAACGAGGUCGCCCAGGGCAUCAAGGACUCUGGCGUGCCCCGCGAGGAGAUCACGCUCGUGUCCAAGCUGUGGAACAACUCGCACCGCCCGCAGGACGUCGAGGCCGACCUCGACACGUCGCUCAAGCAGCUCGGCACGUCGUACCUCGACUUGUGGCUCAUCCACUGGCCUGUGCCCUUCGUGACGGGCAAGGGCCUCGCGCCCGCCUCGAACGGCAAGGCUGAGAUCGACUGGAACGGUCCCUCCAUCUCGGACACGUGGAAGGAGGUCGUCCGCAUCUACCAGGAGACGAACAAGGUCAAGGCUAUUGGUGUUUCCAACUUUACCGUCGCGAACCUCCAGCAGAUCAUCAAGGACACUGGUGUCGUCCCCGCCGUCAACCAGAUUGAGGCCCACCCCCAGCUCAUCCAGCCCGAGCUCUUCAAGUUCUGCAAGGACAACAACAUUGUUAUCACGGCCUACUCGCCCCUCGGCAACAACAUCACCGGCAAGGCCCGCGUGAUUGACGCUCCUGCCAUCAAGGAGAUUGCCGCCCGUCUCGGCAAGGAGCCUGCCCAGGUCCUCAUCGCCUGGGGUGCCAAGAACGGCUUUGCCGUCAUCCCCAAGUCGGUGACGCCUUCGCGCAUUGCUUCCAACUUUGAGACCUUUGACCUUACCGACGCCGACUUUGAGGAGAUCAACACGUGGGGCAAGGCCAACCGCGUCCGCUCCAACAUCCCCCUCCAGUACCCCAACAACUGGGAGAUCAACGUGUUCGACGAGGAGGUUGAGAAGGGCCUCAAGCCCACCUGGUAAUCCAGUCCCCUGGUUGCCUGGUAGAGAGAAGCUUAUAGACUCCAUGUAUGGCGCCAUGCGUGGUGAAGUUGCGUAUACA